AUGCCGACCCCAAACAUCUGGCUUAUUACUGGCGCAACGAGCGGUAUUGGUCUUGAGCUUGCUAGAGCCGCCAUAUCCGCUGGGCAUACUGUCAUCGCAGGAUGUCGUGAUAAAAGCAAAAACACUUCUGUUACUUCCGAACUAGAAGACCGGGGAGCCACUUGGCUACAACUUGAUGUGGGCGCUGACGAUAUCCAGAGCAGAAUUGGAGAGGCAGUUCAAAAGUUCGGACAUAUCGAUGUCCUGGUCAACAACGCUGGUUAUGCUUUGGCCGGAGCUAUUGAGGAUGUUAGCAUCGACCAAGUUAAGGAUCAGUUCAGGGUUAACGUUCUCGGUCCUUUUCUCAUUAUUCAGGCCAUCUUGCCUUCGAUGCGGGAUCGCAAGUCUGGCACCAUCGUCAAUAUCAGCAGUGGUAACGGCGUUGCCGCUAUGCCUGGUUUGGGGCUAUAUAGCGCCAGCAAAUUUGCUCUAGAAGGUCUCACCGAAUGUUUGCAACUGGAGCUGGCUUGCUUUGGUAUUCGCGUCCUCCUCGUCGAGCCAGGGAUGAUCGCCACCCGAUUUGCCGAUCCGAAGGGUUCUGGUGUCGUCGUGUCUAUAAGUGACCCAUACAAGGGCACUGCAGCAGAUCAAACCCUAGGGACGAUUUUGAACGCCUAUGCUGCCGGGUAUGGGGGCAGCGCAGAAAAGUCAGCUCUGCGCAUUGUCGAGGCGGUGGACGGUACGGGUUUGCUUGAGGGAAAAGAUAUCAAGCUGAGAUUGCCUUUGGGCUCUGACGUCGCUCAGAUCAUUGAGCAGAAAGGAAAGGAAUGUCUCGGUGCGAGCGUGGACUUGAAAAGCAUCUGGAGCAGCAUAUGA